AUGCCAAGGGAAAGGCGGUCGGGUGUCGUGUACAUCGAGAAUGAUGAUGAGCGCAGCGUCACCUUCUCCAAGAGACGUCUAGGUCUAUUCAAGGGUGCUAGCGACCUCGCUGCUGUCACAGGCGCGAGGGUUGCUAUCGUCCUUGAGACAGACAGCACAAAAAUGCACUCAUUUGGAACCCCAUCAGCUGACCCCAUCAUUCAUGCCUUCCUGUCAGGAGUUCCACCACCAGAGCCGUUGACUGAUGAGGUGAUGAGUACCAGGAUUUCAUGGCUGCAGAGCGAGGUGUCUCGUUUGGAUAGAGAGAACACCUCGGAGCAAAAGAGAAAAAAACUCGUUGUUCAGCGUAUCAAGGAGAUCCAACAAGAGAAUCCAGGCAUGGUGGCCAAUCAUCUCUUCUCCAAGGACGAAGAUCUCAAUCUUGAAGAUCUGACCAAUCUCUUCAAUGAACUCUUGCUUGUUCAGCAAGGUACUGGAGGUCGUCUACCCCCACUUGAUCAUGGUCAUCAACAAAUGAUUGGUGGUUCAAGCGUGUCAUUGAACCUAGUACCACCAAGUGUUCCAUUAUGGGGUAGCACUGAGACUCCUCCUUCGCUUCUGCAUCCAUUAGGGUCAGACAUACUUCCACAUGGUGCACUUCCUCCGGCUCCGUCACCAUCAGUACCACAAAGCAUGUUGGCACCACCUUUUCCUGUGCAGGUACCACAAAUGUUGCAGCCCGCGCCACUGGUUUCAACACCACCAACUGAUCCUUAUCAACUGCCUGAGUUACCUCCAUCGCUGGAGUUACCUCUUCAGAACUAUACUAGUCCUUACAGCACAAUGGAUCCAGCUCAGAACAACACAGGCCUGAACUCAACCUUUCAGCAUAAUGUGGAGGAAUCAGCACAGUUGGUCUACUCUGGUGGUAAUGCCAUUGUUGGGCAAGAUCCGUUUGGCUAUGACCAAUGGGCAUAUCCUCUUUCUGAUCAGCCGUACUACGAGAGAUUCCUAGAGAUGGAUGGUAACCUGGGCUUUCAUGGUACUGAUGUUGGCCAAGCUCACAUGGGAAAUGAUGGACUGAUUGAUGAGUUGGCACAAUCUCCUUCUAGUGGGGAAGAUGAUGAUGUUGGCAGAUCAUAA